AUGACAGAAUAUUUUAUUGAUCAAGAAAAAUAUUUAUAUUUGAUUCUGUUGCACGUUUGUAUGGCACUAUGCAUCGGAACAGUUGCAAUGUUAGCAAUAGGUACAUUGCUUAUUACAUAUCUUCAGCAUACUUGUGGAAUGUUUAGAAUUGCUAGCUACCGUAUCAAGCAAGCAAUAAAAAUCGAUAUUCUACAAAAUGUUAACCAAAAAAGUAAAAUUUUGAUAACCAGAGAUAUAAUUUGUGCUAUAAAUAUUCAUCGACAAGCUAUAAACUUAUCCAAACAUUUGCUGUCCAUAUUUGAGAUAAUGUUUUUUUGUCUAAUAGUGGUUGGCGUAACUUGCUUGAGCUUGAAUUUGUUUCAACUUUUUCAGAUUGCAUCAUCCGUAAAUAACAUCGGAGAAUUAUUUCCACCGUUAUUAUAUUCAUCUGUUUCUAUAUUGUAUAUGUUUCUAGCCAACUAUAUGGGACAAGAUAUAAUAAAUCACAAUGAUGACGUAUAUGUUACUGCGUAUAAUGCUCAGUGGUACAAAGCCCCAUUAAAUAUACAAAAAAUGAUACUAUUUCUCUUACAAAGAAGAGCCAAAGAACAUACUUUGGAUGUCGGUGGACUAUUUCAUGCGUCCAUAGAAUGCUUUGCUACGUUAGUAAAGACCUCGGUAUCUUAUUUCACCGUCAUUUAUUCUACGCGAUAAUGGAAGAAAUAUAAAUAG